AUGGCACCACCACACUGGGUAGCCACUUGCAUCCUCUUGGCUUUCUCACCAGUGGUUAUUCUGUCUCAACCUUCCCCAUCCCUUGAUCUCGAACCAGCAGCCACCUCCGUUCAUGCCACUGCACCUGCAGGCGCGGCGCUGCAGGAGGCUGAAACUUUUCAGCUUACCGAUGCAGUGAUCGAUCGGCUUGCCUCCGACAAAGCUACUGCCAAAUACGCUGAGUACUUUGCAUUCGACAACAGCAGUAUUGCCAACCCUACACACGUGCGACGGGCUGCUUCUGCAGCUUGCAGGACUUUUCCCGGAGACGCAACAUGGCCUAAGAAACCCAUCUGGGAUGUCUUCAAUGCUCUUCUCGGCGGAGCAUUGAUUCCGACCAAGCCAGUUGCAGCAUCAUGCUACGAUUCUAUAUGGGGGAAGAAAGACCCCGCACGGUGUGCAGAUGUUUCAACAAACUGGACCAACGCAUACUUUCAUACAGAUGACCCAACAUCCAACAUGUGGCCUAUCUACCAAGGCAGAACUUGCAUACCAAAGAAUGAUACCAAUGAUAAAUCCUGCACUUUAGGCGGCUUUCCAGAAUACUCAGUGAAGGUAACAAACGUGGCACAAAUCCAACUUGCUGUCAACUUUGCUCGAGUCGCCAACCUUCGUCUCAUUAUCAAGAAUACUGGGCAUUGCUUUUUGGGAAAGUCGACUGAUGCUGGUGCUCUCAGCUUAUGGAUGCACAAUAUGAAUAAGAUUGACUUCAUUCAAGACUACGAGGGACCUGGCUAUUCAGGACCCGCAUUUAAGCUCUCUGCUGGUGUCCUCGUCAGACAUGUGUAUGAGGCUGCAGAAAAACAUGGCGUGACGGUACUAGGGGCUGUAUCUUGGAGUGUCGGUUAUGCUGGCGGUAUGAUCACAGGAGGAGGACAAAACCCGUUAGCCGGCAUCUACGGCAUGGCAGCUGAUCACGUCGUGGCUUUCCAAGUCGUCACUGCCGAUGGACGUUUUAUUACCGUAUCAGAAGAAUUAAACCCGGAUCUUUUCUGGGCACUAAGAGGUGGUGGCGGCGGUACAUUCGCCAUUGUAACGUCAGUCAUUAUUCGGGCACACCCUAAAUUGAACGUGGUCGGUUCGAGCUUCUACCUUGACGCUUCAAACAACAGUCUUGAAGCAUUCUGGGAUGGCAUCAAGAAAUAUUACGAGUUUUUCCUGAACUGGGCCGAGGCAGGCCUCUAUUCCUUCUUCAUCAUGGGCAACACUCCAGCUCCAUUCCUCAGCGCACGAUACAUCUUCGCCCCGAACCACACUUUGGAAUCAUACAACAAAGUCGUCAAGCCUUUCUUCGACUACCUAGACGCCAAGAACAUCACCCUCACCCAGCCCCACGUCGCCAAAUCACACAGCUCAUUCUACUCAGCCUACCAAGCCGCAUGGGGAGUAAACCCCUUCCCCAUCGGACGAGACGACUCCAUGGCAGGCAGCCGAAUCAUCCCCAAGCGCAACUUCCAAGAGAAAUUCAACCAGACGUUUGCACUCAUCAAGGAGCACGUAUCUGCCGGCAAGCAUCUCCUCGGAUACCACAAGGCACCAAAAAAGUACGCAAAUACCAACAACGCAGUGCACCCGGCGUGGCGCGAAUGCGGCAUGUUCAUGGUUACUUCGACCAACAAGUCUCUGGAUCACUCUACGCCAGAAGCUCUCGCCAUCGCUAGCAAAGAUCUCCAGGAGAAUAUCCUGCAGCCUUGGCGCGAUAUCUCACCUGUUUCUGAGGGCGGCGGUACGUACUUGAAUGAGGCGCAUGUUGAUGAGGAGGACUGGCAGGAAUCGUUCUAUGGUGGGUACUACCCUAGACUCAGCGAGAUUAAGCAAAAGUGGGAUCCGAAUGAUGUGUUUUAUGCUACUACUGCUGUGGGAAGUGAGAGGUGGAAGGUCGAGGAUGGGGAGCAGGGCGUGCAGACUCAGAAUGGGAGACUGUAG